AUGAAAUUAGCAGAGUAUUCAAAUAUCAAGAGAGACCAACAAGCCUCGUACGAGUACAUUCAGACAGAAGGGUUCAAGCCUUUGGUAUGGACAAUGUCUAAUAGUAGUGAUUGGAAUGAAUGGUUCAAUAAGCAGCACCCAAAGCUUGAUGGAUCAGACUCAGGCCUUGUUCUGAUUCUAUCAAGAAGAAUCGGCGAACCCAUUAUCAAUCCAGUGAAGAGUAUCGAAUCGAAAGACUGGAUCAAGGCUAUCCGAAAAGCAACAGUGCAUGAUAAAACUGCUUUUGACAAAAGUCUGCACGGCACCGGCGGUCAGCGUAACUUACGAACAUUGCCAUUUUCCGAGCAGUGCUUUCAGAAAAUUGCAAAGAAGUUCUAUAUACAUGACUCGAUCAACCGUGUCGUAAGUCGAGCAAAUGUUUCUCAGUUCUCGGCCGUCAAGCUAGAGAUGGGCAGGCAUGAUGGUCAUGAGCUACCAGCACAUGUAUACAGCGCCCGAACUUCAAAUGCUUGGGAGGGUGACCUUGCCGUAUCUGCGACGUACUUCCCGCAUUGUAGGCUCACAUUCGCAGUCAUGUUUGGCUAUCCGCUGUCUGUUGAAGCAGAGAUAUUGACACGGCUUGAAAUGGCGACCUACGAGAUAUGCCACCCACUAUUGGUCCCUAGUAUGCUUGUCAAAAUCGAGAGGCGACGCCAUCUACCAAUUAUAGAUCACACUCUUGAUGGAAUUGAAGCGCGGUUCCUGGAGGUGGACGAUCCCGAGUCUCUGCAAUACAUAACAGAGGCAGAGAAGGUCACUCGCAAGGAAGCAAAGAGAUCAGCUUGGCUAGACAUGCUGUAUCUCCGCAACCAGUUGAUGAGCUGGAAUACAUGCUUGGAAGCCCUGUACGAACAUGCAGAUCACCUUAACCGGACAAAAUUUCGAGACAUCACUAUUUCUCCUCAAUUGGGAAAUAGGUCUACCGAGGAGUUUAGUAUUCACGGAGACAGUUCUUCAGGCUCUGGCACAGAUUGGAAUGCCCCAAUCGAUGUCUUUCUUGCGGAUCUUAAAUUCGGCGAUAGUCAAAAGUUGGAAUCAAUAAGAGGUUCCAGAAGCUAUAUGAGACGAACAGGUGCCAAAAUGCAAGCAAGACUGCGGGAGGUUAUCAAGGACUAUAAUGAAAAGAUUCGAGAGUGCACAGCUGGUUUUGAAGGCAUGGCCAUGACGACGCAAUGGACCCAAGGUGAAACAAACGUCGAGAUAGCAUUGGCAACUAGUCAGGACUCACGUCAUAUGCGUUCCAUCGCACUACUCACUAUGAUAUUCCUCCCUGGAACCUUCUUUGCAAGUAUAUUCUCGAUGGGAUUCUUUGAGUGGAAAUCCGACGAUGGUACUAUAUCUGUGUCUCAGUCCUUCUGGAUCUACGUGGUCCUCGCCACAGGCUUUACAGCUUUCACUGUUGGAGCGUGGUGGUACAUCGGAGUCUAUCGCUACAAGAGACACAAGAACAUUCCCUCAGCACUCAGUGCAAGCCGUUUCCUAAGUCUUAGACCACUCAAGUCUUUGCGACAUUGGAUUGUGAAGGCUAUAAUGGAAAGGGUGAAUAGAAUUUCAUCUCCUCCAUAA